AUGGCCCGCGCCUUCGCCAAACGCGCCAAACAAGCCUCCUCCUCCUCCAACAAAUCCCGAAUCCCCCAACCGUUUACGCAAGCGCCAGACUCCCUCUCCCCGUUCCUGCAACGUCUCAACCCGGCGCAAGUCCACAUCACACACAUCGACCGACACCCACCGGAGCACAAACGCACCAUCUUCCUCAUCCCGGUGCUCCUCAACGGCGGGAUCGCGCUGCUCCUCCUCUGGCGCCUCCGCCACGCGGCGCCCUUCUACUACCACCUGGUGCGCUCGCUCCUGGGCCAGAUCAACGCCGCCACCGUCGACCUCGCCUCCACCACCCGCACGCAGCAGCUCCUGAUCCUGCUGCGCCGCACCGCCGUCUUCCUCUUCGACUUCCUGUUCUUCCGCUUCGCCGGGCCCUGGCCGCUGACCUUCUUCCUCGAGCAGCCCGUGAACCCGUGCGUGUGGCGCUGGCGGCUGGGCUAUCAGCGGGAAGAGGUCGUGGUGCGGAUCGGGCGGGGGUGGACGAACGGCGAUCUCGUCGGGAAGAACGAAAGACGGGACGAUGGAGGGCGAUUGAGCGUCGAGGGGAGCCCCUUCUGGAAAGUCAGGGUCCUCCCCGCGGUGGCGACCGCCCAGAUGAGCAAGACGGGCUAUCUCCUCAUGGACCGCAGCUGGGAUCUGGACUUCGAGCUCAUGUGCGACGCGCACGCGCUGGUGAAGCAAGGGCAGAUCUCGCUGCGGGAGCUGGACAAGGUGGUCUUCGCGCACAUCGAGCAGAUCGGAUGGGUGGUCUGGCGGUGGGAGGGUGAUUCGGAAGGUGCUGCCGCUGCGGCUGGAGGAGGGGCGGAGGAGAAGAGGAAGAAGGUCGUCGCGUUCAAGGAGACGCUCACGGCCGCGGGCAAGGAGAGCCUGUUCUGGACCUGGACGGAGAUCGUCGAGGAGGAGAGGGAUCUGGACGGGGGGUUCUCGCGCGAGAAGCAGGCGCGGGUCGCGGCGCGGGUGAAGAAGGCCUUCGCCAAGGAAGGGUUGGACUUCGACGCUGUGGUCGAGGGGAUCGGGGGCUUGGACGAGUUGCCGUUGACGACGGAGAAGAAGACGUGA